AUGGGGCUACUCUUUUCCAAGCCCAAACCGGCCCGGCCGGCCACGGUGCCGACGGAUACGAUCAUUCCAUGUCACUACUGGGAUGCCCAACCAAUUAUGAGAGCCUAUUGUAUGGACUUGACCUUUCGGUUUGAUGAUGUAUUGGACACCGACAAGAUGCGUGCUGCUCUUGCUCGCCUGCUGGAAAUCGGGGACUGGAGAAAACUCGGAGCGCGUAUCCGCUUGAAUGAGGCGGGAAAGCUGGAAUACCAUGUUCCUGAAAAGUACGACGAAAAGCGUCCCGGCUUCACGUUCACCAUCGCGAAAUACGACAUGAGCAUCAAGGAUCAUCCUCUGGCUUCACGGCUGCCGAAGAUGACGGAUCGUCCGUCGCUGGUCGGUAGUACGACCGAGUUUAGUCCUCUCGUCCGCAGUGCAGAUGCACCCAAAAAGCUGGAGGACUGGUUAUACUCCGAUUUUCCUCAGCUGCCCAUUCACGUGGUCUCGUUCAACGACGCCACGCUGCUGACGGUUACAUUCAUGCAUACCCUUACGGAUGCCAUGGGUAACGCAGUCGUCAGUGCAUUCACCUUUGUACCCGCGCGUCGGAUCCUCGAGGCACCUUUGAGCUUUGUAGCCUCUCAACUGCGCGCCGCUCUGGAGCAGCAGAGGACCAGGGAACAGAUCCAAGCAUAUGUCGCAAUCCAUACAAGGGCUGUUGACAAGACAGGCCAAGUUCCUCUCUUUGGCGAUGCCGGCAUGCUUCUGCUGUCAUGCACGAACUGGGCCAAGGGAAGACUCUUCGAGAUCGACUUCUCGUCAGCAGUGAUUGCACCUGGGUUGCCGCUCUCUCAGCGGGCCAACAAACUCGGUCGAGCGUCCUACAUCAAUGUUGUCCCACACAAAAACCGCAUCCCCACGCGCAAUUCUGUGUCGGUGGUCGGAAAGGACGCGGCUGGCAACUUUUGGACUAUAUUGUCGAUGCGGAAAGAGGCCUGGCCGAAGGUUGAUGAGUACCUGAGGGCACUUAGUGAGGAUAAAUAG